UUGUGUGUAGGUGUGUGCGUGCACACACCAGACUGCCGUGCAGAGAGCAACAGUUCACUCGGUCGUCACUGAGGCUACUUCUCACCACCGAUCCAGGAGUCGCAGAUCAUCUCCAAACCCCAAAGACGGGACACCGGGUCUGGGGCAGACAAGACUACAGCGUUCUCUCUCUUCCCGCUACGCUUCCAGCAGAGGGAGGCAGGAAAGGCAGCCCAGGGAAAGUCACUCAGGCAGGCAGAGAGGCAGCCAGACCUUUCCCUCCCCAGCUGCACCUGGAGUUCACCACUGGGACACUUCUGCCUGACAACUCCCUGGCUCGUCACUGAGACUCACUCGUGGCUGUGGACUAUAUUUCACACACACCUCUCCUCUGCAUCUGUGGCUUCGGAGGGUGUGUGUUCUGAUUGCGACUUGGGUGCUGUGUGAAUAUACACACACACACACACACAAACACCAAGACUAUCGACCUCAUCGCCUGUCACAUUAGCACAACAGAGGACAGGCAGAGCAGGAAAAGGACUUAGUUUGGUGCUGGUUUGUCUUGCUGUUAGCCCUGAAAGCUUGCAGGCGUUAAUUGAGUUGAGACAGCUCUGUGGGCACCUCUGCGGGGCUGCUCGAAGGACAGAGAGGGGACAGAGCCAGAGACGCAGCAGCAUGUUUGACUGUGUGGAGGCCCUGGGGGUGGCCCCCAGGCCCCUGUACGAUGUGUCCGCCCAGGGCUCCUGCAUGCUGCGCAAGGUCAGCUCCUUCUUCCCCAACCUGGAGUCCUUCUCAUGGGCUGCCACCAUGCAGUCGGUGGAGACGCAGAGCACCAGUUCAGAGGAGAUGGUCCCCAGCUCCCCCUCCCCUCCCCCUCCACCGCGCAUCUACAAGCCAUGCUUCGUGUGCCAGGACAAAUCCUCCGGCUACCAUUAUGGAGUCAGCUCCUGCGAGGGAUGCAAGGGCUUCUUCCGGCGCAGCAUCCAGAAGAACAUGGUGUACACCUGCCACCGAGACAAGAACUGCCAGAUCAACAAGGUGACGCGCAACCGCUGCCAGUACUGCCGGCUGCAGAAGUGCUUCGAGGUCGGCAUGUCCAAAGAAGCUGUGAGGAAUGACAGGAAUAAGAAGAAGAAGGACAUUAAGGAGGAGGUGGUGCUUCCGGAGAGCUAUGAGUUGAGUGGAGAACUGGAGGAGCUGGUCAACAAAGUUAGCAAGGCCCACCAGGAGACCUUCCCCUCACUCGGCCAGCUGGGCAAAUACACUACUAACUCUAGUGCGGACACCAGAGUGCAGCUGGAUCUGGGGCUGUGGGACAAGUUCAGUGAGCUCUCCACCAAGUGCAUAAUCAAGAUCGUAGAGUUUGCCAAACGCUUGCCCGGAUUCACCACUCUCACCAUCGCUGAUCAAAUCACCCUGCUCAAAUCAGCAUGCCUAGAUAUCCUGAUGCUGCGUAUCUGCACGCGCUACACUCCAGAGCAGGACACCAUGACCUUCUCAGAUGGGCUAACGCUCAACCGCACACAAAUGCACAACGCUGGCUUCGGCCCCCUCACUGACCUAGUGUUUGCAUUUGCCGGGCAACUGCUGCCCCUGGAGAUGGACGACACAGAGACAGGCCUCCUCAGUGCCAUCUGCCUGAUCUGUGGAGACCGUAUGGACCUGGAGGAGCCAGAGCGUGUUGACCGGCUGCAAGAACCGCUGCUAGAGGCACUGAAGCUGUACGCUCGUCGCCGCCGCCCCAACAAGCCCCACAUGUUCCCACGCAUGCUCAUGAAGGUUACUGACCUCAGAGGCAUCAGCACCAAAGGAGCCGAGCGAGCCGUCACGCUGAAGACGGAGAUCCCUGGCCCCAUGCCGCCUCUAAUCCGCGAGAUGCUGGAGAACCCAGAAGUGUUCGAGGAGGCCGCAGAGGCCGCCAGGGCGGCUGAGAGUGCCAGCGGGGCCUCCACAGCCUCAGCCUCCACCCAGCCACCCCCCGCCAUCCAGGCCAUCAAGCGUGAGCGCGAGGAAGAGGAAUCGACCCUGGAGGAGGAGGACGAUGAUGAAGAGGAUGGGGACGAGGACAGAGAGCGAGGAGGGGACAGCGACGACGAGGCCUGGGGCCUAACGCCGCCUGACCCCACGAGGAAAGGCGCCACAGGUCGAGCCCAGUGAGGAGGGGGAAAACCAAGAGAGAUGGAGAGAUAGAGAGAAGAGGAAGAAGAGAGAGAAAGGGAAAGAGGAAGAGUACAGCAUCUCUAUCGACUGUCUGAACUCCUUUACAAACUGCAGCAGUAUGCAACCCUUUGGUGUCUUAUUUAUCUUAGUGCUUGAGGGGUGCAUACUUGAAAAUACACACACACACACACACACACACACACACACACACACACACACACACACACACACACACACACACACACACACACACACAUAAACGUGCACACACACACACAUGAAUUUCUCUGCACUCUAUGCAUACGGGAACAGGCCCAUCUCAACAGAUAAGCCAACCAGCUGGGGUCGGUUGUCCUUGGAGACGGACACAUGCUUGAGAUCAUAAGCUAGUGUACUUAAAAAGAAUCAAAGUUAUGAAAGCACUACACAUGUCCACCUCUGGACUAGAACGAAUCAGAGGAGACAGAGCAGAAAAAAGACACUACAGUGCCAUACCAAUCACUGUGCUUGGUAAUAAAUGUGGCGAGGGAUUUUGUUUACUCCGUAAAGAAAAUGCAAAAAAAAAGAAACACACACUUAAUAGGUGCUUUCACCUUUGAUGUGUGUGAGGGGAGAAAAAAACUCAAAUACCCAAUCCAGCAAGUUUUGAGAAACAGAAAUGUAAUAAUGAUAAAGCACCAUCUUCCACCGGUGUUCUUGGAAACAACUGUUAUUUUAUUUGACAUUUUGUAUUGUCUCAUCUUUCUAAUGGUAUAUAUAAGCCUUUAUAUAUAAUACUGCUUUUGCAUAUGUUCAUUUUUAUGUGUUUUGUUUUCCUUUUUUUCAUUUUGUUGCUCCAGACAUUUGAAUAUGUAUGUACACCUCUCCCAUGCACAGAUACAUGAUUUUAAAGUUUCAUGACAGACCGUCAUCCUUCCUUUCAAAUCUCCCAAACUUCUAAUUAAUUAAACUAUUUACAGAAACCAAGUUAAUGUAGGGCCAUUCUAUACUCCCUACUCACCUCCUAUUGGUGGAGCUCAUUGUAAACAUUUUCCAGAUGAUACAUUUAAUAUUGGGACCACAAAUAUGUUCAUAUGCACACUGCCUUCCCUGUUUCCCGGCACACAUAAACAUACUGUUCCGUUUUCACACACACAUCUUACCCGUUUAAAUACAGUACUGCCCUUGUUAAUAUGUGUGUGAUAGCAGUCAGAUAGCAGGCCAAAUGUUUGACUCAGGGCAUCAUUCCAAGGACCAAAUCUCACCUGACUGGUGAUCACGCCUCUAUCACACUCUCCAUGGAUACUAUAAGCUCUAGCACCAAGCAUCACCAAGCCAUUACUUGUGUUAUCUCAAAGAGGCGCUUUAAUUUUAGCUGCAUCCUUUGGCCAAGAUGGAGAGGGGAGAAAAGGGGUGUGGUUGAUAGUGCCUCGGAAUGGAAAGGCAUACAACAGCAAUAUUCAGAGACAUAACCAUCUUUAGGCACUUGUCCAUCAAAACAAUAUGGGAUGAGUUUUUUGAAAAGUGCUGGACAGUGUAGUGCUAGAUAAGCAAGUGUGGAUGUGUUCUGCGAAUUUCAGCUUACAUUGGCAUCACCACAUUUACAUGUAGGAGUCUGAGUUCCUUUUCCCUGGUCUAACUGUUACAAAUGUAUGUUUCCAUUGUUGCAUUCCUGAAACAUCUCAGUGUGCGCCUUUGAUUAGCGUGGUAGUCUUGUUGCCGUGAUGUCCUCACUCUCGCUUUAAGCCCUGUUGGGAUCCAUGUGUCUCUGGGGCCAGCACCUCAUGAGGGACAAGAAGGCAUGGCGGUUAUGAGCUCAGUCUAUUUAUUGUUCUUAUUUAUUCUCGAUUCCUCAGCUUGUACUUAACCAGUUCUCUUGAGGUGGACUUCAUACUAAACCAGAUUGUGCUGUCACUUCCCUCACCUGACAGUUCUCUUUACUAGUAUGGUGAGAGUUACAUCCAAAAAAAAACAGACUAAGCCUUCUACUUGUGUAAGACAACACACCUAGAGCUGGUGUCCAUGUAAUACACAAUAUAGACAAAAGUACUGAGGCUUCUGCUAAAACUAGACUAGCGAGCCAGGCCCUCUUGACCAACAUCACUGCCUGACCUCCCAAAUGCCCUUCUGAAUUAAUGGGCAAACAUUUCCACAACCACUCUAAAAUCUUGUGGAAAUCCUUCCCAGAAACAGUGGAAGCCAUUACAGGGGAGCUAUUACAGCACCAUAUUAAUACCUAUGUAUUUAGAAUGGGAUGCCAUUGAAAUUCCUGUGGGUGUAAUGGCAGGCGUCCCAAUGCUUUGUCUAUACAGUGUAUCUGUCAAAUGACAAAGAAAUCACAUUACAUGUAUCCCAGUUCAUACAAAUGCCCAGACGCCCAGUACAAUGAGAGGUCUGUUGUGGACACGAUGCAGUGUAACUUUUAGGCCACUUGUGUCACUCUUCCUACCCUACAGAGCUCAGGCAAAGAAUGAUUUUAAAAACACACGGGUGGUUGCUGAUCAGGUCUGUACAGUAUAGACUGCAGCCAUCCACAUGGUUUAUGCAUCAAGGAUAUGCAUGCACUGAUGUCAGGUGGUUUGACAGGGUAUCUUUGGCCUGCAGUCUCUUCAGGUAUUAAAUACGUCCAAGAGUGGCUUAGAAAAACAUGGAGAAUACACAGUUAAGAGUUGACUGUCGUCUGUCCCUAAGUGUAGUUGUCGUCGGGUAUUGUAACAUUCAUUGGGUCAGGACCACAGGAGUCAAGUGCUAUGCGAAAAUGUGUUAUAACUUGUCUGCUUUCAAUAUGAACCACCUCCUGUCUGUACAAUUCAAGAAGCCAUCGUGUGUGUGUGUGUGUGUGUGUGUGUGUGUGUGUGUGUGUGUGUGUGUGUUUGUGUGUGUGCGCGCGCGCGCAUGCAUGCAAGCAUGUGCCUGUUUGUGCGUGUCUACAUAUGUGUGGGUGAAUGUAUGUAUCUGUAUGCACAAAUGUUCAUUUUCUCAAAAUAUGAUGAAAACCAUAUGUUGGGAAACACAGCCAUACCUCUCCAACAGACAAAGUCAAAUAUCAGGUGCUGAGACAGAAAGACAUAGCAAUGUAAUAGCAAUAAUUUCGACAGCAUGAACUUUUAGCUUUAGCUUUAAUCUUGUUCUGGAACAGGCAGACCUGUUUCAACGUAGCAGAGAGCCUACAGCACUGGAGUGGUAAUGAGGGCCCAGGAUAUAUGAAACAUAUAUUGCAUAUCUAUAGUAGUUACACAUAGCAUUUGAUCUGAAGAGAGCGACACGUAUAUGUACAAUUAGUCAAUCAUGUUGUUUUCUCAUUCGGAGACCCAAAGCAUUUAUUGAGACAGGACAUAUAGGCCUAUUUGAUAGAGGUUUAGUAGUUGACAUUUAGUAGAUGUGAAUUUGGACUUUUAAUCCAUCUCGGAUGUGUCGUAUGUACCAUUUUUAUGAAGAAUCUCAACAUUUGGUGACUUGGAAUGUGUACAUUUCUCAAUGCACGUCCUCCUCACAUCUUAUUAUUUCUUGUGCAUCUGUGUUAUUAUUUUUAAGCUUGAUGACUAUGUUUGGGUCUACAUAAUGGGUUAGAAUUUCAUAAUAGAAUGUAUCAUGCUAUUAUUUUAUGUCUGUAUAGUCUUUGUGUUGAAUUUGCUAUAACAGUGUAACUCUUAAUGUACCUUUGAUGUUAUUGUUUGUUGAAAGAAAGAGAGAAAAUCAGACAGAUCUCCAAAUUCAGGGAAUUAAUAAAAAAAAAAACAGCCUUAUAGAUCUCAUGAAAGAUCUCGUUACAUCCCCUAUUUGAAUUUACACUAGGCUAUUGAAAAAGAAAAGUAAUAUUUUUUGACCUAAAUUUUAAUGGCUCGCUGUUUCUGUAUGUCUCUUUUCCAUACUGUUGUUUUGUUCCGUUUUUUGUUUUUGUGUGCCUUGAAACAUCAAUGAUAAAGGGCUUCUCUUUUGCACAGAGGUCGUGGAAAGCUAAUGCAUCACCUGGCAUGUUAGACUAAGUGGACAUGUAGGCUACUUGGAAAGAACAAGACGUUUUAUGCUCAUGCUUUACUCAUUUCUUGAAUCAAGCCAAAUACAUUUUUCUAUUACAUUUACUCAAUUGUUGAAAGCUCUGUUUUGAUUUGUUGUUGCUGUUUUUUUUUUUUUUUUUUUUUCAAAUAUCAUUUUAUAAAGAAAUUUCUUGUUCA